AUGUGGUGGUUCCUUAUUCUCUGCGCUGGCUUGGCGACAUUCGUCGAUACUGUGGAUCGGUCAAAAUUCAAAAUCUGUGAUCAAUCCGCAUUUUGCAAGAGACAACGAUCCACCGCGGCACCUACAGGAUAUGAAAUUAUCGAGGAUUCUGUGAAAUUCAACGAUACUGCGUUUCAUGCUCAAAUCAAAAACAAGGAUCUCACACUCGACCUCUUUCUUAUUGCUUUACACGAUUCGACUUUUCGGAUAAUAAUCGAUGAACUUCCUGGAGCGAUACGGAAGCGUUAUCGACCACUCGACUGUCUGGUCGAGAGUGACCCAAAACAGCAGAAACUCAAAAGGACAAAAACCGAGAAAGCAACCUCAACAUUAUUUACGGAAGAUGGACAUAGAGUCGUGGUCAACAAUAGUCCGUUCAGGAUAGAUCUUUACUCGAAGGAAAUACUAGUUGCCUCCAUUAAUUCUGCCGGCCUUCUUAUGGUGGAGCCAUUCAAAAAGAAGGUGCUUCUAACUGAUCGUGAAAAAGGAUACUGGGAAGAGACGUUCAAGGAGUACAAGGAUUCAAAACCAUACGGUAAAGUUGAAAUAGUGAUAUUAUCACUAAUAGUCUAUAGUAUUAUAUUGUUAGCUUUAAAACAGCUGUUGAUAAAUGCCCACUCCAAAAAUGACUUAGGCCGAAGUAACCAGAGUGAAGAAUCAGACAUCGCCUUAGUUGAUAUGCAAUUCGCCUUUGGACUACCCGAGCACGCCGAAUCACUCGCUCUUCGCGAUACCAAAAAUUAUGAACCAUACCGCCUUUACAACUUGGACGUAUUUGAGUAUGAACUCUAUUCGCCUAUGGCUCUUUACGGAUCCGUGCCAUAUAUGGCUGCUGUGAAUUCGAAAAGAAGUCUCGGAUUACUGUGGCUUAAUGCAGCCGAGACAUGGGUUGACAUUGAGUACACAACGGCAGAUAAGGGUCCGAUUGCAGUGUUAGUCGAGGACGUGGAUACGCAGGCUAAGAAUGUUCACCAAAUCAAUACACACUUCAUGUCUGAAACGGGUGUCAUAGACCUUUUUGUAACUCUUGGACCGCAACCCCACGAUUCAUUCCGUCAAUUAGCAGCUCUCACCGGCGUUUAUCCGCUGCCUCCAGGUCGCAAAUUGGUAACAACUGUAGAUCCUCAUAUUAAGAAGGAUAACAAGUAUCCUGUAUAUGCAGCGGCGAAGAACGAAGGAUUUUUUGUGCGGAAGAGAGAUGGUACUAUCUAUGAAGGCAAUUGCUGGCCAGGCGAAUCUAGCUACAUUGACUUCAUUAACCCAGAAGCACGAAAAUUCUGGGCAGAUCAGUUUGCUUUUGAUAAGUACGUGGGCUCCACGAAGGACGUUUACACAUGGAACGAUAUGAACGAACCAUCUGUUUUUUCUGGACCGGAGGGGACAAUGGAAAAGGAUCUUGUUCACCAUGGCGGACGUGAACAUCGAGAAGUUCACAACAUUUACGCUUUUUAUAACCAUGAAUCCACGUUUGUUGGUCAGUUAGCUAGAAGUGGCGGUAAUUGGCGACCUUUCGUUCUCACUCGGGCCUUCUUCGCAGGGUCACAACGAACAGCCGCUGUGUGGACUGGAGACAACAGGGCCGAAUGGUCUCAUCUUAAGGCUACAAUUCCCAUGUUGCUUACGUUAUCUAUAGCCGGGAUUCCGCACGUUGGCGCUGAUGUCGGUGGAUUUUUUGGAAAUCCUGAUGAGGAACUUUUAGUACGAUGGUAUCAAGCUUCCGCUUUCCAACCAUUCUUUCGCGCUCACGCUCACCUGGACUCGAAUAGGAGGGAGCCGUGGUUAUUCAAUCAGACGACCACCAAUGCUAUUCGACAAGCAAUUGUGAAGCGAUAUCAGCUGCUUCCCUACUGGUAUACCCUUUUCUACGAGCAUACAUUAACAGGAAAACCACCUAUGCGACCAUUUUGGCUGGAGUUUUCUGACGAUGAGGCAUCAUAUGACGAAGACCGACAAUGGAUGGUUGGCAAUGCUUUAUUGGUUAAGCCGAUAGUUGAGGCAGGAGCAAUUCAGGUUUCACUAUACCUUCCUGGAAGAAGAGAGAUCUGGUACGACUGGGAGGAUUCCAAGCCCAGACCGUCUCCUGGAGCUGUGCAGUCUUCUGUAACUCUUGAAACAAUUCCGAUGUACCAAAGGGGUGGAACUGUGAUUCCUUUUCGAGAACAUGUGGGACGAUCCAGCGAAUUGAUGCGAACAGCUCCAAUAACCCUUUACAUCGCUCUAAACAUAAAAGGAGAUUUCGCCAAUGGAACGAUUUAUUUCGACGAUGGAGAAAGUUACGCGUAUAAAAAUGGAGAAUAUGCAUAUUGGGCAAUAAUUUUCAGACGGGAACACGAUUACCUGCACACAAUCGUUAACAAAAAUCUUGACAAGAGAGGCACAAUGGAUAGCGAUGUUCAAAUCGACAAAAUCGUCAUUCGUGGCGCAACGUUUUAUCCAAGAACGGCUCACAUCUACUUAGACGAUUUUAUGCCUGAAUCACUCGACUUCGACUACGAUCGUAAUAAUCACCUAAUGGUGAUUAAAGGGCCGAAUGCCUACGUUACACGAGAGUUCAGAAUCGAUCUUCACUCCUAA